AUGGAGUUCGCAUACAGCAUGCCCAUGUACCUCCCCCCUGUGCGAGUCAUCAAACCGGCGGCAGCGGGCAGUAGAAAAAUCACGACCACGACCACGACGACCGCCUCCGCUACCUCCACCACUCCUCCCACCAACACCAACACCGGUACUGGUGCUGGUGCUGAUGCUGAUGCUGAUACUCCCGCCGCCACCAUCAGCACCACCGCUCAUGCGCACCCGAGCCCCGCUCCCUACUAUACCUUUCUCCAGAGCGCCAAUAAAAAGCACGACAGCGGCACCACCACCGCUGCCGACUCUCACCACCGCCAACACCCUCACCACCCGUCAGACCAGGCUCCCGAGGACGCCGCUGACGAUAGCACGACGAGCUUCCUCGACAACGACCUCGUCGGAGACAGAGGCCUCCCACCAGGCGGCGGCGCCCGCAAUUACGCCCACAGUAUCGCUAGUUACAGGAAGCGGAGGAAGCAGAAGCAGAAACCGAAACAAGAGGGCGGCGACGCCAGCAGCGUCAAGCGAUCGAGGAUCCCGGGCAAACGUCGCCCGCCGCCUCCCGGAACGCUCCCGCAGCCACUCGCCCAGAGGCCCGUGUCGUAUCACUCGCAUUCCGGAACUUCGUCGUCGUCCAGUGUCGCCUCCCGAGCGUCGCACGGCACGCAGGUCCAGGCCCAUGCCCUGUCGCCAGCACUAGCAGACGCACCAGCACAGGCGCAAUUGAACGGGACCGGCACGACCAGCACCACACGUGGCACCCUGACCUCGUCACCGCCUGCUCUUCCAAGCCCGGGUGCAAAGCCGGCUACUAGGCACCCCCAGCAGGUGUCGCCAAACCAGAACCGGCUGCACAAGCGCGACUCUCUCCAUCGCCAGGCUCCUCCCGUCCCCCAACGCCCACCCACGCCCACCUCACCCAUCCAGUUUGUCGCGGGCUUCGCGUCCCCCAUCCGCCGAAGGUCGUCGCAAGGGAAGCACCAUGACGGAGUGCCCUUCGAGCCUAGCCAAUCUCGCUCUGCUCGGAAGCACUCUUCCGCUGCCUCCGCCCGCUAUCGCGCGGGUAGCGCCUCGUCCGUCUCGGGCCCUUCUCAUCCGAUCCCAAGCGGCAUCAUGACUUCGAACGAAAACUUGGGACUCUCCUCGGGGGAGGGGAGCAUAGCGACGUCGUCUACUUCGGCGUCCACCAAGGUCUCCUUCUCGACGAAGCCGUUCAUCAUCCGCAACGGCCGCACCUACAUCCACGACCCGUCGCUGCUGUAUCCUCUACCCGUCGACCUUACCGAGCUUCAUCGCCAGUCGCUCCGCACUCUUAUGCUCUUCCAGCUCUUCGGCGGCCCGACCACCGCUCCCGAGUUCUCCAACAAGCCACCGUCGCGCGUGCUCGAGGUCGGAUGCGGCUCCGCGUUCUGGAGCAUGAUGUGUCAUCGCUACUUUGCGCAGCAUGGCCACUCCUCCAUCUCCUUUACCGGCAUCGACGUGGUACCCCUGGUGGGUUCCGGCCUCGACCAGACGUGGAAACCCGACAAGGAUAUGCAUUGGCGGUUCGUGCAGCACGACAUCCGGCGGAUGCCGUGGCCGUUGGCCGACAACGAAUUCGACCUGAUCAUGGUCAAGGACAUGUCUCUCGCCAGCCCGAUGCGUGACCCGCGGCACCUCUUCGAAGAGUACGUACGGAUCCUGAAGCCGGGCGGCGUUUUGGAGUUCUGGGAAAGCGACUUCACGAUCCGCAUGCUACGACCACACGUUCCCAAGACCCCAAUCUCGGUGGCGUCGAUGGACUCGGACUCGGACUCGGACUCUAGCAGCGAGGAAGAGGAUUGCUCCGAGAAGCUGGGAGCUUAUGUCAUGACAAACAACACACCCCUAGGCGCACCCCUCAAUCCGUUCCUGGUCGAGUACAACGGCUGGGCAACCAAGGCUCUCGAUGCGCGAGGGCUGUCGGCGGUUCCGUGCACAUUCAUCGGCGCGUAUCUCCUGCAGGAAACGGACAUCCUGAUGGACGUGCGAUCUAAGCGGCUGGCGGUGCCGCUGAGCGAGAUCAGGUGGGAGCGCGAGGGCGUCGGCGGGGUGGUGACGAAGGACGGCAAGAGUUACAUCGACUCGACGAAAGCAAAAGGCAAGAUUCUGGAGACGAAGGGCGAUAAGACGCGAGGUAAGGGACUGACGACCAGCCAAACCGCCCUACGACGGGUCGCGCUCGAGACGGUCGUCGGGAUGAUCAAUUGCUUCGAGCCCAUGCUCAAGGAGGUCAGCGGCAAGAGCCAGGACGAGUGGGACGGCUGGAGCGGCAAGAUGAUGAACGAUCUAUUACGGGAGGGGGGCACGAGUUGGGGCGAAUGCCUGGAAGUGGGAGCCUGGUGCGCUAGAAAGAAGCAAAGCACGACUACGUAA